AAUGUUAAAUUGUAUAUAUUUUUAUUUUUUGAAAGUAUAUGAAAGUGAUACUUAAAAAUGUUAAAUAACAUAUAAAUCUAAAAAAGUUAGAAAAAUAGUGAAACCCUAUGGAGCAUUCUCAUGCCACUCUCGCCUCUUCACUAUCGACCGUCGCCGUCCACCGUUCUCACCGCCGUCCACCGUUCUCGUCACGGUUUGAAUUCUCAUUUCGUUCAACUUUCUCAUCACAGUUCUACGAUUUCACAUCUUCAUUUUCAGUGAAAACUUGCUCGCAGGAACCCUAAUCUAUUAUGUCGAAUCGCGGGUAGGAGAUUUGAAUUAGGUCAGUUGAAAUCGUGUUGACAUUGUAAUUGUUGUUCAAAAACUAGUUUUUAUGCUUCCUUUAGAUAUAAUUUAGAGUAGAUUCGGUUCAUGAACUUGUUACAGAGGAAUAACUGAGCAUGGAAAAGUAACCUUGCUAUCAUAUGUUAUUGAUUUGGUUCAUGAACUGAGCUUAUGAAAGAUUUAUAUUUAUUUAGUAUAAGUUUUUUUCUUUGUCAUGGACAGGUUUUAUUUCUAGAACUGAGGAAGAUUGAAAAACUUGAAGAAGAAAAUAUGCUUCAACGAAUGUUUGCCGGUGGUGCCAAAUGUCAAUUAAUGCCUUUUUGUAAACUUGAAUUACAUGCUAAUAUCGAAUUUUCCGACUAGACCUAAGGAGUUUUGAGGCUUUGAAUCAGCGAGCAGUGGCUGUAGUUGUGGAUCCAAUUCAAAGUGUUAAAGGAAAAGUGGUGAUUGAUGCUUUUCGAUUGAUCAAUCCACAGACAAUGAUGCUCGGGCAAGAACCAAGGCAGACAACUUCCAAUCUGGGGCAUCUGAAUAAACCAUCUAUUCAGGUUUUCACCGAAACCGUUUUUCAUUUAUGUUGACAUGUCAUGGACAAAGUUCGAUCCUGCCGGUCUUGAUCUUCUUUCGGUACACAUAACUGUUUUUGAAUAGGCUGCAUAUUGUCAGGUUUGUUUCAUGAAUUCAGAGUGAAAGCAAAUGUGCUCUUGUGUAUGGUCAAAUGAACGAGCCACCUGGUUCUCGUGCCGGUGUUGGACUUACUGGACUCACUGUCGCUGAACACUUCCGUGAUGCUGAAGGACAUGAUGUGCUUCUUUUCAUCGACAACAUUUUCCGCUUUACUCAAGUAUGGACAACUUAUCCUGGGACCAGAAGUUGGAAGAAGCAAAGAAGGACGACAAGAUUUAUUCAAGAUUACAUGUUCGAUGAAAGUGUUUGCCUCCUACUUCGGGCCAAGUGGUUCAAGCCUUUAGCUGUUGAAGAGCGUCCAGUUGUUGAAGAAGAUAUCUAUGAGAUAGAAGACUAUUAUUAUCAGUAUGAAGAAGCUGAUGAUGAUCUAGAUGACAAUGAGGCUUACUAUGGUGCUUCAGCAAAUGUCCGGCUUGGCAACCGUAGAUGGGGAGACAACAGUUUUGUAAGGGCUGGGCGUCAAGAAGCUCGGCCGGUCCAUCAACCAAGCUUCCAGGAUUCAGGAGAGGGGAAGAAAGGUGGAGUUACCGAACAUAAAUGGAGAAACGACGGUGGUCGUUUUCAAUGGUAUGGUGGUCGAAAAACGUGAAUCUCCUCUUCCCUUUUGAUGGAAUCUCAACUGUUUCAACAUCAAUAGUUCCUCUGUGAUGGAAAAACGGUUUUUCAAUUUCACUCUCACUGUGUCGUUGUUUCCCUCUACUGCUACCUUAAACUUUGCAUCUCUCAACUAAAGAUGUUGAAAGCAAUGUUAAAGAAUGGCCCAUGGUCAAUCAAUUUAAGACAUGAUAAAAGUGAAGAAAAUUGAGGUAUUACUUGCUCUGAACCAUCCAUGAGUCUUUUGGUAUUCAGAAGGCAGAUCCAUCAUUGAAUCAAAGUUGUAACAGUAAGAUGAGUUUUGCAUGUUAUGGUGGUGGUGGUCUUUAUUGGGGCCAUGGCUUGAUUUAAUAAUUAUAAUUUGUGAUUUUUUUUUUGGUGUGGUGAUGGUCUUUAUUAUUUAUGUUGUAUGUUUGUUUGAAUUGUAUAUAUUGAAGAGGACAUUCGAUCGUUUCAUGGAGUUCGUUGUUCACUUUAGUUCAUGCAUGCCUGUUCAGAUUUCGUUUUAAGCUUCGAUUCGCUACAAUUGUUUUUGAGGUAUAAACUCUGCCACUUCAAUCCUUUCUGUUUAGUUUAUUUUUUAUUUAUUUUUUUGCUUUGUUAUUUGCUUUAAGUUCAACGUUGUUCUAGCUUUUAGGGCAUAGGAAUUAUUUUUACUGAAUAAUUUGAUGAAUGAUUGCUUGUUUAGGUUCUAAUUAGUAGCUGAUUAUUGUAAAAUCAAUUUUGAAAAGAGCUUCAAAUGUUUGUACAUUCUAAUUUUGAAUAUAGAAUUUAUUUUUUCAUUCUUUGUGUGUAGCUGAUGAUUGAGGAUUGUAAAAUUCUUGAUCCUUAAGAUUUUGCUAUAACUAGAAAUAGGAAAAUAUUAAUUAUAAUGAUUAGGAAAAUAUUAAUUAUAGUGUAUGGGAUUCAAACUAAGAAGUUUCUGUUUAGAAAUCCGAUAAUUAAUUGAAAGUGUAACUUGAGAAGCUUUGUAUCUUGAUUUUGUAUGAUAAUGUAAUACAUUGCAUAUAAUAGUAGAUAGAUAGUUUUGCUGAUUAAGUUGGAUAUUUAUUGUUAAAUAUUGCUUCAGAUUGUAUUAAUAUUCACGCCAGAAAUCAAUGAUGCAAAGACCCAAGAGCUUGGUUUUAUGAGUCAUUUAUAGUAAUGUUUCAAAAUUUUAAUAAAUUAUUUUUUUUAAUUUGAUAGA